GCACUGGACCAGAAUUACAUCGGAAUCCUCAGAGAUGCGAACAUUGAAGCCAAGACUCGCCGUAAGACAAAGUCUGAAAUUCUUCAGAAAGUCGAAAAGGAUGGAAACGGGAGGGUGGUGAUGUAUGAAGAUCUUGAAAUGAUUCGGGCAGAUCGUGCGAGGAAGAAAGCGGCUAAAGAGGCCAAAGAAGCCCAAGGCAAAGGAAAGCGCGGUCGACCAAAGGCAGCUGCAGAGGCAGGUCAAGGCCAAGCAGAUACAAAGAGGCGUGGCCGGAAGCGUAAAACUAUAGUGCCGGAAGCGCACAGUACAGGUAAUGGAGAACGGGAUGCGCCCGAAAUCCAAACACCAGUCGAUCCAACGCUCGAAUCAAGGAGAGCGCCCGAGGCCCGGAUGUGGUGA